AUGGAUUACAGUACUUACAAACUCUGGGAUAAGACUAGCAGAAGUUACACCAGAAGAAGGGUCUUUCAGGGGGCCUCACUUUCCCCACUACUCUCCGUAGUAGCCAUGAUUCCCAUGACAAAAGUACAGCAGAAGAUGAAUGCUGGGUACCAACUCAAGAAAGGAGGCAACAGAAUUAACUGUCUGAUGUUCGUGGAUGACAUCAAGCUGUAUGGUAAGAACAUGAAGGAAAUAGAUACCCUAAUCCAGACUCUCCCUCCCUACAGCCACACCCCUCCCUCUCCCGCUCUGUCUCCCUACUGGGCUUCACCUCUGUCUUUUUCUCUCGUAGUUUGCUCGGAUAUAUUUUCUUCCCUCUUGCUGUCCAACCUCGAUGGCUAUGACUUCCUAGUGUUGAUAGGCACAUUUGAUGAAAAUAGUGUGGACUGCAGACAAUUUCCCAAUCCUCCGAAUCUACUUCGGAGCUCUCAUGAAAUUCCUUUUUCAAUUGGAGAAAAUACUGGAGAUUAUCCUCUUCUAAGGUGGAUACGUGGAUAUCUUCGAAAUAGAGUCUCUCGUGUGCUGUUUAAGGGAGCAUUGAGCACUGCAAAGGAACUUGAACUUGGUACUCCACAAGGGGGGGUACUUAGUCCGUUUUUAUUUAAUAUCCUCCUACAUUGCCUUCUUUCCUUACUUCCUAAUACUGAUAACACAACCAUCACUUGCUACGCAGACGAUAUUUGCAUUCAUUCAACCUCCCCGGAUCACUUGCAACGCUUCCUUUCUUCCUUCUAUGAAUCAGCAUCCUCCUGUGGUCUUAUCAUCUCCCCAGGAAAAAGUAGAAUCUUCUCCCCAAGGCCAGCAAGGAAUUUACCAGAAUUUACUGUGGGGAACAAUGUUGUACCUUUAUGCACACAGUAUAUUUAUUUGGGAGCGCCAGUGCGAAUUACACCAUCCAUUCCAGCAAGACAGAGAGUACAUCCCAUUGUUCAAGAUCUGCUGGCCCGGUUACAGCGACGCCUGACUCCUCUCAAGUGGCUUACUAAUUAUUCUGCAGGAGUAUCUAUCCCAGUUGCCAGAAACAUAUAUAUUGCUUUCAUCCGCUCAGUGAUAGAUUAUCUUUCCCCUGCACUAUGUCAACUCUCCAGAUCAACUCUACAGCCGCUUGAAAAAUUCCAGAACCAAGCAAUGAGAUUCAUUCUAGGUUGUCCAGCAUCCACUAGAAUUGUAAACAUGCAACACGAACUCCGUCUCCCUCCACUCGUUGAGCGAAUAUACUCCAAUGUCACCUACUUCAGUAUCAAAUGCCUGUAUUACCCUCACCUGUCUCCUCACUAUUCAAACAUCAUCAGAACUUCUCUGGAUCUAGAUGCACCUCGUCCACAACUACGCCAGGGGGGACGUACACUAGUUAGUACUGUCUGUUCAAGCAUUCGGGGGCUUGACAUCAACAUCGUGGCAGAGAAUGUGGAUCAUGGCCUUGCACCCUGGCAGACUCCUGUGCCAGCAAUCUCUUACACUCCAGUCUCUAAGACUGACUUGCCUCAACUUCACAACAACGUGCAUUGGAGACCAUCGACAGACUAUCCUCACCCCUCCAGUGUAGCCCAUCACCUCUACACAGACGGCUCCCUACAGCAGGAUGGCAGUGCUGGAUGUGCUGUUUUCUCCCCACUGGAACCCCCGCCAGGGGGGCUGGAUAGGCCGUCGCCUCCCAGAGUCAUCAAGCUCCACAUAUUGUGA